CCAGGCAGCUGCGGCGGCGGCGGCAGCCGGCGAGCUCAAGCUCGGAGCCGCGGCUGUGUGAAGCUCAGAGAAGCCCUUUGUAGCUUCUUGAAGGCUUUCAAGAAAAGCCCUGCUGGACCAGAAUUUUGGUAACAACUGACCCAGGUUUCUACUGGUACUCCCAUUUCUGCCCGUACAUGAGGAAUGGACUACAAAGAUUCAAAACUCAGUUGAGCUUACUCUUUAAAUAGAGGAAUUGCAUUAUUAUUUAGUCACUCAGGUCUAUAUUCAUUAAUACUGGGGAGGGGUGAGACCACUGAUGGUCAUUCCUGGGCAACAGGAGCCAUCUUCAGCCAGAAUCCUUGAGGGUACCAGGGAUUGAAAUCAGUCAUUGAAAAUGGCCUUUCUUAAAGAUUCCCAUGUCUCAAUGGACUCCUGAAUAUAACAAGCUCUAUACUAUAAGAGUGGAUAUGAAGAGUGAGAUUCCUUCUGAUGCGCCAAAGACACAGGAGAGUUUGAAAGGAAUCCUUUUGCAUCCGGAGCCCAUUGGGGCAACCAAAAGUUUUCCUGCUGAAGUUGAAAUGAUUAAUAGUAAAGUAGGGAAUGAAUUUUCUCAUUUGUGUGAUGAUUCUCAGAAACAAGAGAAGGACAUGAAUGGGAACCAACAAGAGCAAGAAAAAUGUGUUGUGAGAAAAAAACGCAAAAGUCAGCAGGCUGGCCCUUCAUAUAUACAAAAUUGUGUGAAAGAGAAUCAGGGAAUUUUAGGAUUGAGACAACACUCCGAAACACCGAGUGAAGAAGAUAAUGACUCCUCUUUUAGUGAUUGUUUCUCCUCUCCUUCAUCUAGUCUGCAUUUUGGGGAUUCGGAUACUGUGACCUCAGAGGAGGAUAAAGAAGUCUCUGUAAGGCAUUCCCAGGCAAUAUUGAAUGCAAAAAGUAGAACUCACAGUGCUCGGUCCCAAAAAUGGCCUCGGAAUGAGACAGAAUCUGUUUCAGGAUUGCUACUGAAAAGACCCUGUUUUCAUAGCAGUUCGUUAAGGAGACUUUCAUGCCGAAAGAGAUUUGUAAAAACCAAUUCCUCACAGAGGACACAGAAACAGAAGGAGAGAAUAUUGAUGCAGAGGAAGAAACGAGAAGCACUAGCCCGGAGAAAAUACGCACUGCUUCCCAGUUCUAGUAGCUCCAGCGAGAAUGACCUCAGCAGUGACUCCUCUUCCAGCUCGUCCACUGAAGGAGAAGAAGCAUUGUUUGUUUCUACCAGUGACAACCAUCAAAACAAUCCAGCCAUUCCCUCAGGAAGUAUUGAUGAAGAUGUUGUGGUGAUAGAAGCUUCUUCCACACCCCAAGUCACUGCUAAUGAAGAAAUUAAUGUUACCUCAACUGACAGUGAAGUGGAGAUAGUAACAGUUGGAGAAAGUUUUCGAUCUCGUUCAACUCUUGGACACUCCAGAGCACAUUGGAGCCAAGGAUCUAGUUCUCAUACUAAUCGGCCACAGGAGUCACGGAAUCGCAGUCGAAUUUCUACUGUUAUACAGCCUUUACGGCAGAAUGCAGCAGAAGUUGUGGACCUUACUGUGGAUGAAGAUGAACCUACUGUAGUACCAACCACUUCUGCGAGAAUGGACUCACAAACCACAAGCGCUUCCAUUACCAGUACAAAUCCAUCUACCUCUGAGCAGGCUUCUGAUCCUUCAUCCGCUGUCACUAGUACUCAACCCUCCACAGUGUCAGAGACUUCAGCUACUCUCCCAAGCAAUAGUAUGACUGGUACUUCUGUAGGAGAUGACUCAAGGCGAACUGCAUCUAGUGCUGUGAUGGAAGCUGGCCCCCCUGCCAUGCCAAGGUUACCUGCCUGCUGUCCCCAGCACUCACCGUGUGGAGGGUCCUCCCAGAAUCACCAUGCACUUGGACACCCACACACUAGCUGUUUCCAGCAACACAGCCACCACUUCCAACACCAUCACCACCACCACCACACACCCCACCCAGCGGUACCAGUUUCUCCCUCCUUCACUGAUCCCACGUGCCCGGUGGAAAGACCUCCACAAGUACCAGCACCAUGUGGGGGAAAUGCCAGUUCUGGCACCAGCUACCAUGACCAGCAGGCAUUGCCAGUAGAUCUGAGCAACAGUGCUAUCAGAAGUCAUGGAAGCGGUAGUUUUCAUGGAGCAUCUGCAUUUGACCCCUGCUGCCCUGUGUCUUCUUCUCGAGCUGCAAUCUUUGGCCACCAAGCUGCUGCUGCUGCCCCAAGUCAGUCGUUAUCACUAGAUGGUUAUGGAUCCAGCAUGGUUGCACAGCCUCAGCCCCAGCCUCCUCCACAAGCCUCGCUUUCCUCCUGUCGGCAUUACAUGCCACCCCCUUAUGCUUCUUUGACAAGACCACUUCAUCAUCAAGCCUCUGCCUGCCCCCACUCUCAUGGAAACCCUGUUCCUCAGACUCAGCCUCCACCUCAAGUGGAUUAUGUUAUUCCUCACCCUGUGCAUGCUUUCCAUUCUCAAAUAUCUUCUCACACAACAUCUCACCCUGUGGCACCUCCACCCCCAACUCACUUACCCACCACCACUGCUCCAAUCCCCCAACAUCUUCCUCCUACACACCAGCCAAUUUCCCACCAUAUUCCAGCCACAGCACCUCCAGCUCAAAGACUACAUCCUCAUGAAGUGAUGCAGAGGAUGGAAGUUCAGAGGAGGAGGAUGAUGCAGCAUCCAACGCGGGCACAUGAACGCCCCCCACCUCAUCCACAUAGGAUGCACCCAAACUAUGGUCAUGGGCAUCAUAUUCAUGUGCCUCAGACUAUGUCCUCACAUCCUCGACAGGCUCCAGAGAGAUCUGCUUGGGAACUGGGAAUCGAAGCUGGAGUGACUGCAGCUACUUAUACUCCUGGUGCUUUGCAUCCUCAUUUAGCCCAUUAUCACGCACCGCCUCGACUUCAUCAUUUGCAGUUAGGAGCUCUUCCUUUAAUGGUUCCUGACAUGGCUGGUUAUCCUCACAUCCGUUAUAUUUCAUCAGGAUUGGAUGGAACAUCAUUCAGAGGUCCUUUCAGAGGCAAUUUUGAGGAAUUGAUUCAUUUAGAAGAAAGAUUAGGAAAUGUUAACCGUGGAGCAUCACAGGGGACAAUUGAAAGAUGUACAUACCCACACAAAUACAAAAAGGUAACAACUGAUUGGUUCUCACAGAGGAAACUGCACUGCAAACAAGAUGGGGAAGAAGGGACUGAGGAAGACACAGAGGAAAAAUGUACUAUCUGUUUGUCUAUUUUAGAGGAAGGUGAAGAUGUGAGGCGCCUUCCCUGUAUGCACCUUUUCCACCAAGUGUGUGUUGACCAGUGGUUGAUCACCAAUAAGAAGUGCCCCAUAUGUAGAGUGGACAUUGAGGCCCAGCUGCCCAGUGAAAGUUGACACCAUGUUUCAGAACACUUCCCCUCCCUCUCUCUCAUUCCCAUCCUCUGGUACUGCAGUCAACCAAAGAUGGCAUGACUUACCUGCGCAGAUUUGGAAGCCUGGAACUUCGAGUGCUGGCUCUGCUAUAUGGUACAACUAAUGCUAGAUCUACAGUUUAUGUAUACAGUUGAUUUUGAUGUAUUUAUAAAAGCUUUUUUUUUUUUUUAGAUUUGACAUUUUUCCUGUAUCAUUUUACUGUAUUUUUGCAUGGUUCCUUGUAUUGCAUUUCUUUGCACAUAUUAUGGGCUUGUGACCCUAAACUUGCAGGCAAGAUUAGCUGCUUUAGUAAGUAGGAUUUUGUGGUCUUUUUGUUUUUUUACAUAGUAUCGGGACUUGAGAAUUAUGAAUUUUUUAAUCCAUUACUAACCUUAAUUUAAUCAAUCAUGUGCUUCAGUUUAAUGUAUAAAGAUCCUCUAGAAAAAUGAUAAUAUUGUGUAUUAAGACAUUCCUUAACUAGGACAAACUGGCUGCUGUAUAACUACGAUAUGGAUUUCUUGAGUUAAAUACCAUCCUUAAUGCUGGGAACAGAAUACAAACCAUAUUACAACAGAUGCAGGUGAUAUUCUUAUCACCAGAGUGAUCAAUAGAGAUUUUCUUGGUGUCCUUUUCUUUUCUGCACAAUGCAGAUAGAGUGGAAUAUUAAUAUCAUUCAUGGAGACUGCUGUUCUGAUUGUAUUUAUCUUUUUCUACAUUGUUUAGAACUUUAUUUCCCUGAUUCGAUUUUUGCUGCUGUGAAACAGCCCUGAUGAACACUAAUAUUAAUUUCAAUUAGCUGGAUUGUACAUAAUUGCAGAUUUAACAAAAAUUUUAGGGAAAUUGAAGAAGACAUGUAGAAUUUUGUUUAGUCUUCUACUUAAGCACGCAUAGUAAAGAUAUCUGCUUACAUUAAUUUUGUCAACACAUUCAGUCAAGAUUUAGAAUUGCAGUCAUUGGCAGGUAUCUGCAUUCAUAGAACUUCUAAAAUGUCCCAGGAUCAUUUUAAGGGAUUUUUAUUAGUUUAAAGAUAAAUAAAGUCAGCUGAAUCUACAUGUCUCUUGUUUUAUUUCUCUUUAAACUUGAAAACAGUAAAUCUGCAGAAACUGUGAGGCACAAAUUAUACUGUCAACCUACUGUUGUUCCUCUGGUUCUAGACUCCCACUUCAUACAUUACCAAGAGUCGAUCACUGAUUUAAAUUUUUUAGUUUCUAUAUAGUUAAGAUUACUGCAUAAUAUAGAAUAUAAAGUAAGUUAAUGUACUAACAUUUCUCCUUUGGAGAAAGUUUUAAUCCACUUCAGGAUACAUAUUACCAGAUACUUUCAUAUACAGGAUAGCCGAAUUUUAUGUCUAAUGUGCUUAUACUAUGCCCAGAUUACAGUUGCAUCCAGUCAGUGACAUCACUGUCUGUAUGUGGAAGACAUGUUCCCAUGGGUCAUAUGUGAAGAUGUCAAUAAGCUUGCAUUAAGCCACCUGCUUUGUAAGUGGAUUGAUGAAUAAAUAACUUAUAUUUCUAUUGUC